AUGACGACUACAGUCUUUCACGGUCCUCCGUUAGAGCAUACGCCUCCAACGAACCUCACGUUACCACAGUUUAUGCUCGACGUCGCCCAUCCUCUGCGACCUGUACGCACCACCGCCAACCCGUGGUUCAUUGACGACCAGACUGGUCUCAAUGUCAACUUUGAGGAAACCCGCAAUCGUGUAUACGGACUUGCGAAUGCUCUUGCAGCACGUUGGCGUGUGAGCGAGGGAGAUGUCGUUUGUACGUUUACGCCUAACGAUGUCGAUUAUCCCAUUACCAUGUGGGCGAUUCAUCGCCUCGGUGCAGCUGUAACGCCAGCGAAUCCAGCGUACACUGCAGAUGAACUGGUUUAUCAAAUCCAGACGUCCCGUGCGUCGCUAUUGAUUACCUGUGCUGGUUCGCUUGGCAUUGCGGAAGAAGCUGCAAAGAAAGCCGGGCUAUCGCGCGACAAGAUUAUCGUGUUUGAUGUACGAGGUCCUGCGGCUGCCAACUUCAAGACAUCGUACCCGUGUAUCGGGCAACUGAUCGAAGAGGGUCUCCGAAGUCCACCGGCGUUCACAGAGAAGGUUCUCGCGGAGGGAGAAGGAACUAGAAUGAUCGCAUAUCUGUGCUUCUCGAGUGGUACUACCGGGAAACCCAAAGCGGUAGCCAUCCCGCACUAUUCGGUCAUCUCGAAUGUGAUACAAUUUGCGAGCUUUAACCGUAUUGUGGAUCCCAAGAUUCCAAACGAGAAACGGCGUUUCAGACCAGGCGAUGUGACCCUAGGCGUUCUGCCUAUGUACCAUAUUUACUCCAUCGUCGUUGUCCUCCAUUGCACCUUGUUUUGCGGGCACACCAUUGUCGUUUUCCCAAAGUUUACACUGCAAGAAGCCAUAAAGAGCAUCAUCAAAUAUCGCAUCAGUCAUCUUUGGAUCGUUCCACCGGUAGUUGUGCUUUUGAGCAAGCAUCAGGGACUCAAAAAGAGCGAUCUUGCAAGUGUUCGAUACGUAAUGGUUGGCGCUGCGCCCUUGUCUCCAGAGGUAGCCAGACAAUUCGUAAAGGUUCUUCCUGCGGAUGCUGCGGUCGGCCAGGGGUAUGGUAUGACGGAGACUUCGACGGUCGUUUGCAUGCAACCAUUGUUGGUCCAUCAUCACAUUGACGGGAGUGCUGGUCGGCUCAUAUCGGGGACCACUGUCCGAGUCGUUGGCGAAGAUGGCAAGCCAAAGACGUAUGACGAGCCGGGAGAAUUGCAUGUCAAAGGGCCACAGACGAUAUACAACUCGUACCUGAAUAACCCAAAGGCAAACGCCGAGACAUUUGUGGAUGGAUGGGUGCGGACAGGAGACGAAGUCAUAAUUAAGAAGAAUGGGGAUAUCUUCAUUGUCGAUCGCCUCAAGGAGAUCCUGAAAGUGCGCGGCUUCCAAGUUGCACCCGCCGAACUCGAGGGUCUCUUGCUGGAUCAUCCUGCAGUUGCAGAUGCGGGUGUUGUUGGUAUUCCCGACGAGUACUCGGGUGAGGUACCUGCGGCCUUUGUUCAGCUACAACCAGACUUUGCGAAGAGGGUCAAAGGGAAUAAGAAGGAAGAACAGAAGGUCAAGGAGGCUAUCGCAAAGCACGUAGCGGAGAAUAAGACGCGCUAUAAGCACUUGGAUGGAGGCGUCCACUUUGUCGAUGCGGUUCCAAAGAAUCCCAGCGGCAAGAUUCUGCGACGGUUACUGAGGGACAUGGCCAAGGAGCGUAAUUUGACUGGACCUGGACGGAAAGCAAAGCUCUAG